ACCGCUGCCCUCUCCCACGUUGUGCGGGUGUUGCAUUGUCUCACUGCGACCGCCGCAGCCCGCCUGGCACCGAGGCGACCGGCGCUCGUGACACAGUUGGCCGACAACACGACGUCAUUCGCGGGUUAAAACAAACCGAAGCCAGCUGAUGGACCGGACGCGUACAUCGUCUAUUCGGCGGGAGGCGGCGCUCGGCUAGGCGGCUGCUAUGCUGCAAUCCCUCGCCCGGACGCGCUUCCUGCCAGCCGGACCGUCGCCCCUCUUUGCUCGCUGAAACUGAGCGGAACCGCCCGGGCCGAGAGCGAGGAUGGCCGGUCAUCGCGGCUGCGUCAACUCGCUGUGGUCGGGAAGCGAGCGCGUCCGCAUCGGGGAGCGCCUCAAGGCGACGCUGGCCGGGGUGCUGGAGCUGGAGCUGCUCCGGUGCAAACAACUGGAGAUGGUGGACGCGGCUCUGGUGGACGGAUCCGCCGACAGCACGAUCGCCGCCGAGCCGGAGCAGGAGCCGGAGCUGCGGAUGGCGGACGCGAGCGGAACCCCGGGAAGCGGCCCCGAAGACGCCGAGAAGAACGCUGCGACGCCCCGAAGGCAACAGGCCCCCUCCCCCCCCUGUCCGAGGAACCCGGACAACUCUGGCAGUAACCCCGGCGACAGGGCGGCGUAUACUUCACUAGGCGGGGGGAGCAACUCCCGCUGGUCCACGCUAUCCUGGGACGCCCCCUCCGAUCUGCUGUCACCCCCCACACCCGACUCGGGUGGUGCGGUCCACCUGGACUGUGACUCCAGACCUAGCUCAGGCUUUUAUUCCGUGAGUGGCAGUUCUCUGUCCGACUCCUGCUACUCCGUGUCCAGCGAGACCGCCCACACGGUCAGACCCCUCAAGCUUUGGGACCAGGUCCCCACGUCCGCCGACAACACCGACAGUUUGUGGUCAGACGGUGCGUUGCAGCAGCCUGGACUCAAGCAGCCACACAAGGAACCCGAGCCACUGGAGGACUCGGCAGUUUCAGUUCCAGGUGGCAUUGAGGUGCCUGGUCUCAGCUUUCUGUCCAACCUGUGCUCGGGCCUCAACCACUCUUUGAUUUCUUCUCUCCUAAAUCUCGACCGUGACGCCCUCUCCUCCCAUGCGCCCACACCCCAGCUGGACCCGUGCUACUGUGAAGACCUGGUGUCGCGUAGGACAAAAGAGGUGUAUCCAUAUCCCAGUCCCUUGCAUGCCGUCGCCCUCCAGAGUCCCCUUUUCACCACGCAGACUCAGGAGCGACCGCUUUCACCAAGUCCCGAAGGAAACCAGCCGGACGAACCUACAGAGUCCAGAGGUCUGGACAGCCGAUGUCCGAAUCCCAAAGCCCAGACCUCUCUGACCCAGCUGGAGCAGUACAUCUCUCGGCUAGCUAACCAGUACCACCAUCGGAUAAACCUCUCCAUCCCCGAUCUGAGUUCGGUUGCUCCCCCGUGUUCAGUCGCACCCAGAGGCCACAGCACGCCUGGUAAAGGUCACGGUUCCACCCAGUCCUUGUCUGCCUUUGAGAGCCGCAGUACCCCUUCCGGUCUGACACCUUGCACAUCGCUCCUGGGUAACUCGGCUCGAGUCAGCCUCAGCACCGCUGGCAAGAAGGCCACCAGGAACUCAAUCAACCUGGGUAGCCUUCCCUCUGCCACCGGAGAGGAUCUGAACAUCAACUUGCAUCUCAACCUAAACUUGAACCUUGCUCCUGGUUUGAACGCCAACAGGGGCGUCGUGGACAAACCCAAAAGUGUCAAUCUGGGCGGUGAGUCAGCUGCUGCAGCACCUUCACAAGCCUCUUCCACACCCGGCCCAGCGCUCCGAGCACGGCCUCGCAUCUCCACCUGUCCCACCUCCCUGAGCCACCGGAGUUCUCUGGAGGUCACGUCGGCUCCUGGAGCCACUUCUGCUUUGGGACCGGCAGCCUUCUCUCGAUCGCUGGACUGGAGUGUCGGGCCGUCAUCCGAGGCCGGCGCCUUCGCGUUUGGCGUGGGUCCCGGGUCCGCUCCCGUGUCUCAGCGUAGCAGUUUGAUGCAGGAGUUCCGGUCCAGUCCCAAGAUGCCUGAGGAGUCCCCAAUGGUGGAGGAGAUCUCCCGUCUUUCCGGCCUGUCUCGGGCUGUGGUGGUCGGGCUGAUGGAGCAAGGCGUGGAGCUGGACAUCGACUGCUUCCAGGCUGACGCAGCCAAUGAGAUGAAGAAGCACAGUAAAGGUCACAUGACGUCUCGCCUGGAGAAACCCCACGACUACAUACGCCUGACCGAGCUGAACCCUCAAAGACCCGUCCAGCUGUCUCUCAGCGUCACCCAUUCUCCACAGUCCCAGUCCAGCGUCACCCCUCCCCUCUCACACUCCAGCAGCCCCAUCCACCCUUACCACGCCGCCCCCUCCCACUACUUCUCACACAGCCACUUCCAGCAGAUGCCCUGCCCGUCUGACCUCUCGUCCUCCACGGCCUCCUCCCCUGCCUCAUGCCCCCCCCAGAGAGCCCACUCGCCCCCACAUCCUCUCCAAGCCUCCCCCAUGGGAGCUGCCCCUCUUUCUGUAUUCCGGAGAGAUGCUCCUUUCCAGAGUUCCCUGCCUCGUGCCACCACCAGGACGUCACCUGUGGAGUACGUCGGCAUCCACCCCAGGGGCGGAUCCCUUCGACACAGCGGGGGAGGAAGCGGGGUCGACGGGGGCUGGAACAGGGUGGAGGGCGACGGGCUCUACCGAGGCAAGCAUGCGUCUCACAAGCUGAUCAGGGCGGCAACCGUGAGCAGCUACGCCAAGAGGGAGGAACACGGCGCCGCUUGGGGCGAGGAUGAGAAGACACGAUUGUGCACAAAGACGUCCAGCAAACUUAAGAAAGCCUUGGAGGGGCGUCUCUGGGGCAAAGACACGCUGAUGGAGAGGGAGGAAAUGGACAGGGCGGAGUAUGGCUACGGAUGGACAAGGAACAUUGGUGGAAGCUGGAGGGGCGAACAGAGAAGGGUGAAGGUCGAGAGCCCCCCCACCUUCUCCAAGAAGAGGGGCAAAGAGUGUGGGGAGAAACGGAGCUCUAGCGUCAGGUUGUCCAGGAGGGCUCUGUUCAGGAGCGAGUCCCAGGGCUUGCUGGUGCCUCACAACCACGAAGAGCCCGCUCGACAGGCAAACUGGGUCUCCUCCUUCGACGUGGGGCAAAGUGCUCCGAGUGCAGGCGGGGACGAAGACGCCCGACUGCUGAGAGCAAAGGAGGACAAGCACCUCUCGUCCACCGCCAGCCUUUUUAACCUGUCCUGCUCUCAGAGCCUGGAGAGCAGCUGCCACUCCAUCUCUCCUCUUUCCUCGCCCUCUUUUUCUCCGUCCCCGCCUCCCAGGCUGCCCCUCCAACGUUCUCGGUCCUUGAGGGACUUGGGGAGACGGGUCUUUGGGUCCAUGAGGUCCUUAAGCCUCAAACAGAAAGCAUCUAAGUGACGUUUGCUCCGCUGUCAUGUGCUCAAAUUAAGUCAAGUAAAUGUAAGAGUAUUGCUUUUGGACCAGAGACACCGAAUACGGGUUCUUCCAUCAACCACUCGUCGAUGGACGUUCCUCUCAGGCACAUUCAUCCAUUAAAUGUAUUGCUUCAAAACGGCUCCUGCAGUUCGAUAGGAGGACUGGGGAACGUGAAGACUGCACUGCAUCUCCUGGCAUAAAGUCCUGCAGCCAGGGACCUCUGUUAGACACGCCAACCAUCAGGUGCUGAAGAUGCAUCUCCUGUACAUUUGUGUAGAGUGUUGUGGCGCACUAGCGUGGGUAAUAGUAGAUACGGUAAUAGUCCAAAUGCAGUGAACAUAAACCUUGGUUAGCGGUGACGUUAGCGGUGACGUUAGCGGUGACGUUAGCGGUGACGUGACCGCCGUACCUCCCGAGUAUGAAUGUACUGGAUCUGUUAUGCAUGCUGCUCUGUGACCAGUCAUCACUUAUUUUAGGAUGUGGUAUUCUUCUGGAAGUAUUGGCCAUCGAGCCAUGAAGUACAAUCAUACAGGCCAAACUUUGACCGAAACCAAACUUUUUAUCUUGCAUUUGCUCAGGAUUUUGAAAGAAAUGUUGAGUGUGACUAAAUGCAGCUUGUGAUGGCUCAUAACGACUCAAAUAAAGAUCU